AUGCUCUCAUCCACCCUCCUAACCCUCCUCGCCCUCACAUCCGCCACCCCCCUCGCCCGCUCCACAACCCUCACCGCCCAAAACCUCCUCACCAUCGCCCCCUCAACCUCCACCUGCGACCCCACCGCCGACUUCGCCACCGAAUGCCGCCCCGCCACCGUCGCCGCCCCCGCCAUCGCCAAAUCCUUCACCACCUACACCAUCACCACCUUCGGCGCCCAAGCCGCCCUCGUAAGCAUAAUCCUCUUUGAAUCCGGCAACUUCAAAUACUCCCAAAACCACUUCCCCGCCCCGGGGAACCCGGGCCAGGGGACCCGCAACAUGCAAUCGCCCGCGUUCAACGCCAAGUACGCGGACGACCUCGCAGCGAAGGGCGUGUGUGGGUUGACGACGGAGAAGGUCGCGGCGGCGAAGGCGCAGGGUCCCGAGAAGGUGCUGGAGUUGGUGAACACGGAUUCGUUGGGGUUUGCUUCUGCGGCGUGGUUUUUGAGGACGCAGUGUGGCGAGGGGGUGGAGGAGGGGUUGGCCGGGGCGACGGAGGAGGGGUAUGUGGCUUAUUUGACGGAGUGUGUGGGGACGACGGCGACGGAGGAGAGGAUUGCGGGGUGGAAGGCUGUUGUGGCGUUGGGGCAGUGGUGA